AUGGGUCUUUACUCUGGCUGGAGGCGGGUAGAGAGAGAGAGAAAGAGAGAGAGGGAGAGAGGGAGAGAGGGAGAGAGGGAGAGAGGGAGAGAGGGAGGAAGCCGACGACUGGCUUGCAACCUGCAACGGGGAUGGAGGCAUCGGCGGAGUCUGGAAACCUGGCUGGCGUCCGGCACAUCAUCCUAAUCCUCUCUGGAAAGGGGGGGGUCGGGAAAAGCACCAUCUCCACGGAGCUGGCCCUGGCCCUGCGUCACAUGGGCAAAAAGGUGGGGAUCCUCGACGUGGACCUGUGUGGCCCCAGCAUCCCCCGAAUGCUCCGGGCGCAGGGCAGGGCCGUGCACCAGUGUGACGGUGGCUGGGUGCCUGUCUUUGUGGACCAGGAGCAGAGUGUCUCCCUCAUGUCCGUGGGCUUCCUGCUGGAGAAGCCAGAUGAGGCUGUGGUGUGGAGAGGCCCCAAGAAGAAUGCUCUGAUAAAGCAGUUUGUAUCUGACGUGGCCUGGGGGCAGUUGGACUACCUGGUUGUGGACACGCCUCCAGGGACCUCUGAUGAGCACAUGGCUGCCUUGGACGCCCUUCGCCCCUAUAGCCCUCUGGGGGCUGUCGUGGUCACUACACCCCAGGCGGUGUCUGUGGGGGACGUGCGGCGGGAACUGACAUUCUGUAGGAAGACAGGGUUGCGGGUGAUUGGCAUUGUGGAGAACAUGAGCGGCUUCGUCUGCCCACACUGCACGGAGUGCACCAACGUCUUCUCCAGGGGAGGCGGUGAGGAGCUGGCCAAACACGCUGGAGUCCCUUUCCUAGGCUCUGUGCCUUUGGACCCCGAGCUCACGAGAUGCCUGGAGGAGGGCCGAGACUUCAUCCAGGAGUUCCCCCAGAGCCCUGCCUUUCACGCCCUUUCCGCCAUAGCCCAGAAGAUUUUGAAGGAGACACCUGCUUAGCUGUCCUGACUGAGACACCUUCUGGUGCCACUGUGGGGCUCAAGCUCACAAACUCCAGCCUGGGUCCUGGGUGUGGUUCUUGGAGCCUGCCAGGCUGGCCCGAGAGGCUGGCCCUGUGCGCACCUUUCCCUGCCCGGGCCCUUUGGAGAGUUCAGCACUUGAGCAGCAGCAGGGCACCAGAGCUGCUGACAGUGAGUGGUCCUGCUGAGUUGGUCUAUGGCAGGCCCCAGGGGACAGCGUGAGGUCCUAGUGCCACCGCCUAAGCUCUGGUGCCUGCACACUCUCUCUUCAUGUCGUGGUUCUCACGUGCCCCAGACAGGCCACACCUGAUACCCCGGUCUCCAUGCUGUCCACAAAGCUUGUGGGUCUGGAGGCCAGCCGGGACUUUGUCACCAUCAGAUGCUGUCCUGCCAGCGGGGCUGUGAGCAGCCGUGAUGGUGGGUGCGGAAGGGAAUAGCACCCUGCAAGGUGUUAGCUUCAAAGGGGCCCGCAAUUAAAUGUGUCCUGCCACCACGGUUA